ACACCCUUCCUCCCUCUCGUUGUCCCCUUUUUGAUUCGAACGAAGAUGUUGAGCCCGGGUGGCAUCGUGAGCGACCUGCCCGGGGCUGGGGGGCUCAAGGGCUCCCUGGUCCUCAUCCCUAAGAAGGUGCUCGACUUCAACGACUUCCACGGCACCGCCAUGGACGGCGGCACCGACACCCAGCUCUUCGGCGGCGGAGUCACCUGCCAGCUCAUCAGCUCCACCCUCCGCGGCCGCACUGCAGGCAACACGAGCCGCGGGGAGGUGGGCGCGGAGGCAAACCUGGAGCCGAGUCUCCUGAAGAAGAGCCUGUUGGGCGUCCCGACGGGCGAGGAGAAGUUUGAGGUGACGUUCAACUGGUCGAUGGAGCUGGGCGUUCCCGGCGCGAUCAUCGUCAAGAACAAUAGCGACACCGAGUUCUACCUCAAGACCAUCACCCUCGAAGAUCUGCCCGGCCAUGGCGCCGUCGUCUUCGUCGCCAACUCCUGGGUCUACCCGCAUGCCAAGUACAGCUACGACCGCGUCUUCUUCACCAACAACACAUACCUGCCGCACCACAUGCCGGCGGCGCUCAAGCCGUACCGUGACGACGAGCUCCGGAACCUGCGGGGUGACGACCAGGAGGGGCCCUACGAGGAACACGACCGCGUCUACCGCUACGACGUCUACAAUGACCUCGGCGACACCCGCGACGUCCUCGGUGGCUCCGAGGACCUCCCCUACCCGCGCCGCGGCCGUACCGGCCGGAAACCCUCGGCUAACGAGCCCGACCACGAGAGCCGGGGAGAGACCGUCUACGUGCCACGUGAUGAGCAGUUCGGCCACCUCAAGGAGUCCGACUUCCGGGCCUACACGAUCGCGGCGCUGGUGCACGGGAUCAUACCGGCCAUCCGCGAGUACUUUGAGAACGACGACACCCCCAGCGACUUCGACUCUUUCGCUGACGUUCUCAAGCUCUACGAGGGCGGCAUCAAGGUGCCCAACGUCCCGGCCCCCGGUCCCGAGAAGGUGCGGAAGAGCUCCCAGCUCCAGCUCCAGCUUGUCAAGGACGUCAUCACCCCCAUGGCCGACGACCCUCGCUUCCUCAAGCUCAAGCUCCCGAGGCCGCACAUCAUCCAAGAGCACGAGAAAGCAUGGAUGACUGACGAGGAGUUCGCGAGGGAGACGCUGGCCGGCGUCAACCCCAUGAUGAUCAAACGUCUCACGGAGUUCCCUCCCAAGAGCACUCUGGAUCCUAGCAAGUACGGCGACCACACCAGCACCAUCACCGAGGCGCACAUCGGCGAGCGCCUGGAGGGCCUCACCGUGCACCAGGCGCUCACCAGCAACAGGCUCUACAUCGUGGACCAGCACGACAACCUGAUGCCGUUCCUCAUCAACAUCAACAACCUCAAGGACAGCUUCGUGUACGCGACCAGGACCCUGCUCUUCCUGCAAGGGGACGGCACGCUCGCGCCGGUCGCCAUCGAGCUCAGCUCGCCCCUGCUCCAGGGAGACCUGACCACGGCUGAGAGCACCGUGUACACGCCGGAGGACACCGGCGUCGAGGGCUGGGUAUGGCAGCUCGCCAAGGCCUACGUCGCCGUGAACGACUACGGCUGGCACCAGCUGAUCAGCCACUGGCUCAACACGCACGCGGUGAUGGAGCCCUUCGUCAUCGCGACCAACAGGCAGCUCAGUGUGACCCACCCGGUGCACAAGCUCCUGCACCCGCACUACCGCGACACCAUGAACAUCAACUCGCGAGCUCGGGGUAUGCUCAUCAACGCCGACGGCGUCAUCGAGAUGACCGUGUUCCCGGGCAAGCAUGCUAUGCCCAUGUCUUCCAUGGUCUACAAGAACUGGAACUUCACCGAGCAAGCUCUACCAGACGAUCUAAUCAAGAGGGGCAUGGCCGUGGAGGACCCAUCGAGCCCGCACAAGGUGCGGCUGCUGAUCGAGGACUACCCAUACGCCGCGGACGGGCUCGCCGUCUGGCACGCGAUCGAGCAGUGGGUGGCAGACUACCUGACCAUCUACUACCCCAACGAUAGCGUGCUGCAGGGCGACGUGGAGCUACAGGCGUGGUGGAAGGAGGUGCGGGAAGUCGGGCACGGCGACCUCAAGGAUGCGGCAUGGUGGCCCAAGAUGCAGACAGUGGCGGAGCUGAUCAAGGCAUGCGCCACCAUCAUCUGGAUUGGGUCGGCGCUCCACGCGGCCGUCAAUUUCGGGCAGUACGCCUACUCGGGCUACCACCCCAACAAGCCGUCCAUGAGCCGCCGACCGAUGCCGGUGCCGGGCAGCGAGGAGUACGCGGAGCUGGCGCGUGACCCGGAGCGGGCGUUCAUCCACACCAUCACCAGCCUGCUCCAGGCCCUGGUGGGCAUCUCGCUCAUGGAGAUCCUCUCCAAGCACUCCUCUGACGAGGUGUACCUGGGCCAGCACGACACGCCGGCGUGGACGUCGGACGCCAAGGCACUGGAGGCGUUCAAGCGGUUCGGGGCCAGACUGGAGGGCAUCGAGAAGCAGGUGGAGGCCAGGAACCAAGAUUCGCGGCUAAAGAACCGCAUCGGGCCGGCCAAAUUCCCGUACAUGCUGCUCUUCCCCAACACCUCCGACCACACGGGCGAGGCCGAGGGGCUCUCGGCCAAGGGCAUCCCCAACAGCAUCUCCAUCUGAGGAGGUCCAUCUCUGCUUGCACCGGAACUAGCUAGCUAGUGUGGGAGUUCUGCCGGUGCAUGCUUGCCAUGGGAUGACCUCAAUAAGGCAAUAAUGCGUGCUCGACGGGUCCGAUCGACACGCUGAAGCGCAGCUGGCUACUGCCUACCGGUUAAUGCAUCAUUGUUUAGAGAAAAUUUCCCUUCUUUUGGCCAAUAAUAAAAUCUAUGUUGUGAUGC